AUGGCUUCGCAUUAUCCUCAGCCGGAUUCUUACCACCACACGCGCCCCAAAUCAUCUGUACUCGCCGGUCUACCUUUCAUUCACAGGAGAAACCCCUCAGCCGGAGCUGUACUCUCUUCUAACGCACCAUCCAACGAGUUCGUCGCCACUCCAGUGUACGAAGCAAUGCCGUUUCUUCCACCGGACCAUCCCCAUUCUCGAGCCCUGGGAGAAAUCCAUCAGAAUCAACAACCUCAACCUCCAGUCUCGCCAAAGAAAUCGAGGGAGGGGAAGCGCCCAAAUACGACUGAGGAGGGGUUCAAGUCGCUACACAAGAAAACUUUGAGUUCCAUCUCACUAAAGUCUUUGGCUGGCAGAGAUUCCGACAAGGUUACAAAACCAAAGGAAUCCAAAUCCAGCAAGCCGAAGAAGACGAAAUCAUCAACCAAUCUCGCAACCCUCCUCUCGCGCCCAAAGUCGUCGAGAAGUCUACACAAAGAGGCCGAAGCCGAAGCUCGCGCACAGAAAGACAAAGAAAACCAAACACCGAUCUCGUCGUCGCCUUCAGAAGCAACCCGACCCCCGCCAAUAUAUGCUCAGUUCUCCACCGAACAUUUCGCGAAGCAACCACUAGGAGGGAAAUUUCUUGAGGACGAGAUAGACCGAUACACCCCGGAGAAUUACUCUCCAGGAAAGCAGCGCAACUUUUUUCAGGGGCCUGGACAACAACCUACUCUGACCAAACGCGAUGAGACUCUCGAACGACCCAAGAUGCCAUACUUGCCUAGCAGCUUCAGCGUACAGGAUAUUACCCGGAAAGUUAGCAAUGGAUCCAGGAAGAGUGCCGAGCUGAUGCGUCGAGUCUCUGGGGGUAAACGGCCAAGCUUUGACAGGAAAACAACAGGAUCCUCUGCUAGAUCUGAGAGCUCGGACAAGGCAGCUCCGACCAAAGGCCAACGAGUAAUGGUCGCUGUAUCAGCCUUUGGAGGAAAGACACAGAAGGUAGAUGCUCAACCAGAGCAAGUUCUUCAGGACAAAGAUGUUGAUCGGGAGUUCGAGGCCAUGUUGGACAGAAGAAAUAUCCCAGAACAUCAGCGUGGGAAAAUGAGAAAUCUUGCUAUGUCAAUGAAGAAGGAUUUCGUUAGACAAGACUGGGCGGAAAUAGCUGCUGCAAAGAAUGGAAGACCUGGAACGAAUGGUAGCGACUCAAGUGCUGAUGCUACCAGCGGUACCCAGGCUGUUCCUGAAGUCAAAGCUAAGAGGCCCAGAAGUCGGACGUUUACCUUGUCGAGAGGAAGCAGCAAGGAGCCGCAAUCGCCAACUAAGAAGAAACCCGAAGGGACAUUCGGAAAGCACACACGCACCAAGUCGACCGAAAGUGGAAAUGGAGCAGGAAAAUCAUUGGCCGCAACUGGUGUUGCAGCUGCUCAAUCGAUCAUCGCCAAAGCCAAGGGACAACUGCCAGAUGAUUUUGUCUCCUACUUGAGGAAGGUUCAGAAGCCUGAGUUGGUUGAAGUUGGCCGGUUGCAUAAGUUAAGGCUGCUUCUCCGCAACGAGACCGUCGCUUGGACAGAUGAUUUUAUUGGUCAAGGAGGAAUGGAGGAAAUUGUUGGCUUGUUGCACAGAACUAUGGAAGUGGAGUGGAGAGAGGAGCACGAGGACGCUUUGCUUCACGAAGUCCUGCUUUGCUUGAAGGCACUUUCAACGACUGCUCUUGCUCUUCAUCAUCUCGACAAGAUCCAGCACACCUUAUUCCCCGCACUUCUACACAUGAUAUUUGACGAAGAGAAGAAAGGACCGAGCGAGUUCACCACUCGUAACAUUGUCACUUCUCUUCUAUUCACAUAUCUCAAAUCCGCGCCGAUCUCCGAACGAGCUCACCGAGCCAAGAUACUUCUCUCGUAUCUCAGGGAUCCGGAACCGAGCGAGUCACAGCGACCUGUCGGCUUCGUCCUUGAUAUGCGACGUCCUCGGCCAUACCGAGUCUGGUGUAAGGAAGUAGUCAAUGUAACCAAAGAAGUUUUCUGGAUCUUCCUUCACAACCUGAAUGUCGUCGCGCUUCCAGGUGCAAGACACCACGACAGCGAGACUAUGUACGAGACAAGUAACGCAGCCAUCGCCUCUUUAAUGUCUAAUAGCAGUUUCGAUAGCUCAAACCCACACCACAUUUUCAUGGCCAGACACUUCCCUCAGGAACUUCCACCCGUGCCGGCAGCUCCAUACGUGGGAGGAGUUGAGUGGGAUGCUACAAACUAUCUCGCCUCACAUCUUGAUCUUAUCAACGGUAUUAUGUCAUGUCUACCCACAAAGGAAGAACGGAAUACCCUCCGCGAACAGAUGCUGGUGUCGGGUUGGGAGAAGUGCUUGGGAGGUACACUUCGCUUAUGUAAGGAGAAGUUCUACGGUGGCGUACAUGCCGGCUUGAGAUGCUGGGUUGCAGCAGCUGUUGACGAUGGUUGGGAUACCCGAGACGUACGAAACGGUCCUUCAGUUGAGCCCAAGAGUCCGGUGAGGCAAAGUCCCAAGAAAACUGCCGCUGCUUUGACACCUCCACCGAAAAUCGAUAUGAAGCUGGACUUUGCGGGAGAGAAACAAAGGAAGCCUGUGAACGACGAUGUUUGGCUAUAG